AUGCCCGCUUUGGAGUUAGGACAGUCCAUCCCGCCAGACACUGCCCAUGCAGUGAGCGUUCACCUUCCGACAUGGAAGGCCAACGUUGGCUACGAAGAGGGCGAGUCAUGGGUUGUCAACAAGAUGACGACCGGAUACCCAAGGUUCUUCAUUCACAGAAGCAUUCUUGCCCUGGCUGAGGACCUGGUGUCCCAAUAUGCUCGUCCUGGUCAGAAGGCCAUGCUCUUCCCUACCCCUCGCUCUGCGAGACGGUGUCUGGCCUUUGUGAAGAAGCACGCAGAUGCAUCCGUUACGGCUGACGUUUGUGUACUUGAUUUUGAACUGAACACAACUAGAGACGUCUCGCCACUACUGCGCUCGCUGGCGCCAACCGUUUCCGCCGUCGUGUAUUCCCCUGAGGUUUUCCCGGUUGCCAAGCAAUACUGGCAGCACACUGGAGACGGAGUGUCGAGUCGACGUGCCGAGUUCUGCCAUGGUCUGCUAAAGGAGGGCCUCCUCACCCCCGUUGAGCAGCCCAAGUCCCCCGUGGGAAAGGCUUGCAGGGGUCCCAAGAGAUAUCAUCGCCCGUCGUCCAUUGAUGACACCAAGGCGGCCAUCCACCACCCGGCCGCCAAGACGAACCCCCAGAGUGCAUUCGAGACCCAGGAGAGUCUGCGCUUCCUCGAGGAACGUUUCGGUCGCAACUUGGACCUCUCCCUCGUCGAGCGUGCCAAAUCAGCCAUUAAACGAAGAAUCGCGGGUGCCAUGGCCGCCGAUAUGGAAGCGAGCAUUAGCUCGCUGCCCCCCAUGGGCGACAACUCAAGGAACCAGAAGGACCUGCAAGAAAGCGACGUUUACCUAUUCCCCUGCGGUAUGAAUGCCAUCUACAACGCGCACCGAGCCAUGCUGCGCGCCAGGGGUGACAUGAAGUCAGUCAGCUUUGGCUUCCCUUAUGUCGAUACGCUCAAGAUCCUGCAAAAGUUUGGUCCUGGUUGUUUGUUUUACGGCCACGCCUCGGAGGAGGACCUCGAUGACCUUGCAAAGCGUCUGGAGUCCGGCGAGCGCUUCCUGGCGCUCUUCUGCGAGUUUCCUGGGAACCCUCUCUUGACGUGCCCGAACUUGGCGCGCAUUCGUAGCUUGGCGGACAGGUACGGGUUUGGCGUCAUCGUCGACGAGACGAUUGGCAGUUUCAUCAACAUCGACGUGCUGCAGUAUGCCGACAUCGUUGUCAGCAGCUUGACCAAGAUCUUCUCCGGAGACUGCAACGUCAUGGGCGGCAGUGCCAUCCUCAACCCUGGCGGUAAGUUUUAUCAGGCGCUCAAGAGUGCGUGGGCCGAGGAACUGGAAGACACAUACUGGCCCGAGGAUGUCGUUUUCAUGGAGCGCAACAGCCGUGACUUUGCGUCGCGCAUCGAGCGCAUCAACACGAAUUCGGAGACAAUCUGCGACAUUCUCUCAGCACAUCCGUUGGUCAAGCGCGUUUUCUACCCCAAGGUAAACCCGACGAGACCCAAUUACGAACUUUGUAAAUUGCCCGGAGGUGGUUAUGGAGGCCUUCUCUCUGUCACGUUCCACAAGAAGGCAUACGCCAUUGCCUUUUUUGAUACCAUCGAGACGGCCAAGGGCCCGAGUCUGGGCACCAAUUUCACCUUGACGUCGCCUUACGUCCUCCUUGCUCACUACCAAGAGCUCGACUGGGCUGCCGGUCUGGGCGUUGACCCAGACCUCAUCCGUGUGAGUGUUGGUCUCGAGGAGACGGACGAGUUGCGGAAAGUCUUCAAUCGUGCCUUGGAAGCCGCCGAGAAAGAGACGGAUGUUUAA